AUGUUUGAAGGCAGUAAAACAAAGGCAUGGCAGGUAGCGGUGACUGCCAAAUCACUUUCAGAGGCUAUGAAUAAUGUUUUUUUAAACCAUGAGGUGAGUAGUAGUUUGCCAAAAUGGUUAGGGUGGUUAGCUCCUUUUGAGAAUUGCGUCAUUCUAAAUACGGAUCAGAGUGUUAUGGAAGACAAAGCUGGAUUUGAGGGUGUGUUGAGGAGUUCAAACGGUGUUUGGAUUCAUGGUUUUUGUGGAAAUGUGGAUGACUUUGAGAUUAUUGGAGUAGAGUUGUUAGACAUUCUACAAGGCUUACGUAUUGCUCAAAGAUUGGGCUUAACAAGAGUUUAUUGUCAAACCAAUUCUUUUGUUUCAGUAAAGUGGAUUCAAGGAGGGGUGUCUCAUAUGCAUCAUUAUUCAAAUUUGGUGCAAGAAAUUCGCAAACUGUUGGACAAGGAUCGAGAAGUUUCUAUAUCUCAUGUUCUUAGAGAAUGCAACAAGUGUGCAAACUAUUUUGCAAAAUUGGGCCUUGGGUGUCCUGACAGAUUAACUAAUUUUAUGGAGCCUCCUCUGGAUGUUAUUCCAUUGGUUUGA